AUCACUGGCUUGUUGGUUCAAUCUAUUGGUCUGGGUAGGCUAGAUCUUACCUUGCUUCCAAUAACGCCCUCGGCCUUCCAUCUGAAGCCCCAAAAAGAAGAAAUGUCACAGACAAUGGCACUGAAUAGACUCGGUUCAAUCUUUCUCGUCUUCUUUUUGUUGUCCUGUGUUGCUGUAAUUGUCAAUGCCGAAAAUGAUACUGCGGAAGAUGAGUACUGGAAAGAACGAGCCGCUGUUGCUAUGAAAAUUGCCGAGGAAUCUGUUCAUCCAAAUCCCCAGGAAGUUACCGAGGAGAUCAAUGCUGACGUACACGAGCUUAUCAUGGGGCAAAAUAGCACGAAAAGGAAAUUGAGAGGUUCCAAGGGAUAUGACGGUCCCUGCGAGGCCACCAACCCAAUCGACGCAUGCUGGCGGUGUGACCCUGAUUGGGCCGACAAUCGGGAGAAGAUCGUCGAUUGCGUCAAGGGUUUCGGCAAAAAGACUACCGGCGGCAAGGGUGGGCCCAUCUACAUUGUCACUGAUGACUCAGAUGACGACAUUGUGAACCCUAAACCAGGAACCCUCCGCGACGCAGUGAUCCAGAAAGGUCCUCUAUGGAUCAUCUUUGAGCAUAGCAUGGUGAUUCGUCUGCAACAAGAGCUGAUGGUAACAAGUGACAAAACCAUCGAUGGUAGAGGAGCCAAUGUUGUGAUUGCCUUUGGUGGUGGUAUCACUCUUCAGUAUGUGAAAAAUAUCAUCAUCACGAACAUUCACGUUAAGGACAUUGAGUCCAAAGCCGGUGGUAUGAUCAGAGACUGCGUGAAUCAUUUUGGUUUUAGGACCAGGAGCGAUGGCGAUGGCAUCUCCCUCUUCGGCGCUUCCAACGUCUGGAUCGACCAUGUUUCCAUGGCGAGGUGCGACGACGGACUCAUUGACGCUAUCAUGAGUUCCACUGCUAUCACCAUCUCCAACUCCCACUUCACUGACCACAACGAGGCAAUGUUGUUCGGGGCAAGUAAUAGCUACUCUCAAGACAAGAUCAUGCAAGUAACGGUCGCGUUCAACCACUUUGGGCAGGGGUUGAUUCAGAGAAUGCCAAGAUGCCGAUUUGGAUUCUUCCACGUGGUGAACAAUGACUACACCCAUUGGAUAAUGUAUGCUAUUGGUGGUAACAUGAACCCUACCAUCAUCAGCCAGGGUAACAGGUACAUUGCCCCUGAAAGCCAUGUCGCAAAAGAGGUGACCAAGAGGGAGUACACAGACGAGUCGGAAUGGAAGCACUGGAAUUGGAGAUCCGAGGGAGACUUGAUGGUGAAUGGAGCAUAUUUCGUUGAAUCCGGGGACCCCAACGUUGCGAAAUCAGAGAAGAUAGAAAUGUUGCCGUUCAAGCCCGGGACAUUGGCCUCAACCCUUACUAGAUUUUCCGGCGCUCUAGAGUGCUGUGUUGGCCAACCAUGCUAGUCAUGCAUACACAGAUUAGGCUCUUCAAGUUUGCAUGGGCGAGUAGAAAAGUCUAAUUGUGGAUACACAGAAGAAGUGGAUCGAUGAGAAAGGAAGAGAAACAUCCGAGGUUGCAUGUGACGAGCAUUAGAGGGAAGGAAGGAAACUAUGAUUUGCAGCUGCUCUGUACAUGCAUCUUUUUUUGGUUUGUUUAGAAAGUAAUUAAGUAAAAAAAAAAAUGUAGGAUUGGGACAAAGGGAAAAUAAGAGAUGGUCAGAAACGUUUUCUGUUUU